AGCUCACCUCGGCCAGGCGCACCGUUUCUGAAAGCCGCACUGGAAGCUUCAAGUGACUCACCGGGGUAUUUUUGGCCGCCUUUAUAUCUAAAACCCAGGUAAGUGCCGGGAAGAACACCACAAAGGGACAGUAGGGCUUCCGGUCGCGUCUGGACGCGUUUGUAGUGAAGAGAGGCCGAAGGAAAAGUGACCAUGACGGAGUACAAGUUGGUGGUGGUGGGAGCGGGCGGCGUGGGAAAAAGUGCCCUGACCAUCCAGCUGAUACAGAACCAUUUCGUGGACGAGUACGACCCGACGAUCGAAGACUCGUACAGGAAACAGGUGGUGAUCGACGGAGAGACGUGUCUACUGGACAUACUGGACACGGCGGGGCAGGAGGAGUACAGUGCCAUGCGGGACCAGUACAUGCGCACCGGCGAGGGAUUCCUCUGUGUCUUCGCCCUCAACAACACCAAGAGUUUCGAGGACAUCUCAAUGUACCGGGAACAAAUCAAGCGGGUCAAGGACUCAGAACAGGUCCCCAUGGUCCUGGUGGGGAACAAGGCUGAUCUCCCACAGCGGGUGAUUGACAAUAAGCAGGCCCAGGACAUGGCUAAGAGCUACUCCAUCCCCUAUGUUGAAACGUCAGCAAAGACCCGACUAGGAGUCGAGGACGCAUUCUACACGUUGGUGCGAGAAAUCAGAAUGGACAAGGCGAAUCGACAGGCCACCAAACGACAAGGAAAGGACGGAACUAGCGGGACCUGCUGUGUUCUGUUGUAACAAUAGGUAAACUCUACCCAGCACUCACUGGCAUACUCCUGCCAGAGUCCAGUACAGAUCCCUGACUCAUCUAUGAUUGUAUGAAAGAAGAGCUGCUCUCAGAGUGGCGUCUGUGUUGGGAUACUGUACACAGGCUUUACCCAAGUGUUUGUGCAAUGCUCAGAUGCAGUGUCUACUGUGAACUUCAAGCUUGGGCAAGUUAAAAGAAAAGCUGAUGGCAGUGUGUGCUUUUUUUCUUCCAAGCAUUGCUGAAAUGGAAGUGUCAAUAGUAUUGUAAGUUUAAGAAUGGUUAGUUUGUCAAUGAUGAGCAAAAUGUCUGUCUUUAAGCUGUGAGUAUAAUGUAAGAUAUAUAGUUGUGUGCUGAUGAGUUCGCUUGUAAAAAAAAUGUGACCGGCAGUGUUACAAGUGAGCUUUUCCUAAACCUGUGCUACCAUUACUUGUGGUUUAUAAGCUAUGCAUGCACGGAAACAGCAAAAACUGGAGAGAGACUGCGAGUUUAUUGGCAUGACUGGUGCCCUCUUGUUUUCAUAGAUGCAAAUUGCUAGCAAAUGAUGUUACACACAACAGGUUACAGGAAAGUAAUUCAAUUUCCUACAUGAUAAAUGUUUUAUACCGAAUGUGUUACAAUAUGUCUGUGACUGGUUGUGAAGGGGGUGGGGCACUGAUUUUGUGUCAUGUUGCAAUAUAUGCUUCAAGUAUCUACAAAAAGGACUAGCAUCUUGUAUGUUUUGUAACCAUUAUUGUAAUAUGGAUGUCAUGAUUCUGUACAAAAUAUGGUACAGUCUGGUAGUAUCCAGUGCCACAUGUACAUGUUCUGAUGGCUUCUAUCCUUUGGGCAACUCAGAUGUAGUUUCGUCAGUAACAGAUAUAUUACUUACAAUCCUUCCCAUUGAAAAAGUAUAUUUCCGUACAUACGGACUAAGUACAGCAGGCCAGUAAGUAUGUGCCUGAUUGUGGAUAUACAUGUGUUGAAAAUUUGCAAUGACCCUAUUAAAUCUCCAAGCAGAUGUUGGGGUGAAAGAUCAAUCUGACUGUCUGGUUUCUCUGACAGCCCCCACAGAUGUUGGGGUCAGUGGCUGUCAGCCUUUCACCCUUAACAUCUGCUUGGAGUUCACCAUGACCCCAUCACUGGGUGUAAUCAGUGCUAAAGCAUUUUAGAAGACUCCUCCCUAACUUGCCCCAUUCACAGGAAACUGAUAGAUUGUUUCUGUCUUGAUGCGUGUGGCCAAGAAGAGGUGCUAACAUGUAAUUUUACAUCCCAUCUAAAAAAAAACAGUACACAUUCAUUUUGAACUUGACCUUGUGACCCUUGUGUUCAUCCCUCAUACACGACCUUGGUUUUGACCCCCAACUGCGCCUCCUUCUUUACAAUAAAGAUAAAUGCUU